UAACAAUCAAAGAAAAGAAACCUUCAAUUCUCACACACACAACAAUAACAUGGAAAUGGAAUCGAAAGACUAUGCCUUCAGCGGCAAGAUAAUGCUAAUCGCCAUUGUGGUUCUCUUCAUCGUUAUCGUCAUAAUGCUUUGCCUCCACGUCUACGUCCGCUGGCGACUCGUAAACGCUCGCCGCCGGCAACAUCUCCGCCGCAGUAACCGCCCGCGGUUCGUGUUCUACAUGGACCCCGCAGCCCGCAUUGCCCUCACCAGGCGGGGGCUCCACCCCUCCGUGAUCUCCACGCUCCCGGUGUUCACCUUCUCCGCCGCGAACAACCCAACGGAAUGCGCGGUUUGUUUAUCGGAGUUCGAGAACGGGGAAACGGGUCGGGUCUUGCCCAAAUGCAAUCACAGUUUCCAUACUGAGUGCAUCGAUGUGUGGUUUCAGUCUCAUGCCACGUGUCCGCUUUGCAGGGAAACCGUGGAGGCUAUGCCCGAGCGAGAAACCCGAUCCGAGGUGGCUGUUAUUGUGUGCGAGACCGAACCGGUUCGAGAAGAGGUGAACCGGUCUGGACCGGUGGGUGCUUCUUCUUCUGCUGCUGCUACUUCGUUGCAUAUCGAGACCUUGGGGUGCGAGGAUGGGUGUGAAUCGGAGUCAUCGUUUCGUUCGCCGGUGAGUCGUAUAUUGUCGUUCAAGAGGAUUCUGAGUAGAGAGAAGAAAGGAAGCGUUGUAGGAGUGUGCAGCUCCAUGACCGAGUUAGACGUAGAACAACGUGGAGAGUGUGACUCGGUGAGUUGAUGGCAGCGACAACGUGAAAUCGAAAUUGGAAUGAGUCUGAGAUUGAGGAGGAAUUUACGCUGCGGCAGAGUUUGCAGAGGUGACAUGACACACAACACUGUCGAGUGUCGACGUAAUAUCUGAUAUGUACCAUACCUUGUACAGUCAAAAGAGAAUGACAGGUUAAAAGAUUCUUUUAUUUUAUUUAAUUUUAAAGUUUGUGUUUUUGCCAUUUUCUUUAAAUUUAAUAGAAGAAAAUGAAUUUUUGUUUUUU